AUGUUUUUCGAGCGUAUAUUGUUGUCUGUGUUCUGCCUUGGAAUAGAAGCGUUUUCCUUGGCUUUAUCCGAGGAGGUGGAGAUCAGGGAUGUAGCUGCAGAUAAGGGUACUAAUGUGACGGUGCCGUGUGGCAGUUUAGACGCUGUACCAUUACCAAACGUACAGUGGGUGCAUAGGGGCAAUCGAACACACCAUGAAGUUUUGAACGACGGUAGCUUACUUCUUAAGAACAUAGGCGUAGACGACGCGGGAUUGUACGAGUGCUCGGUGGAGAACGAGACAGCCUACGUCGACAGAGUCAACCUCACAGUGCGGAAUGAUAGAACAGUCAACAAUAUCAUUACUUCCCAAUCGGUCGGCAAUGCACCAGUAACUCCUCCGUUGUUGCGGGUGUCCAUGGGCGGCGCUGACUGCUUGCCACCAUCAGCCGAGCCGCCGCCAUUGGUGAACGUGACAGUCCACGCGUCCACCAUCCUGGCGCUGAUCUUAUGGAAUGUGGCCGGCGAUGGAGGCCAUCCCAUCAUAGACUUCACCGCCCAGUACCGUUCAGCAGCCCCUGUUAACGGCACUCUAGAGCCUUGGAGGCCUAUCAGCCCUAACCACAUCAGUCCAAACUCGCGCCAAGUAGACGUGUACCACUUAGACACGAACGCGUCUUACUGGUUCAGAGUGUGGGCAACUAAUGCUCUGGGGCCCGGUCCACCGGUGGAGGUGCUAGCCACCACGCUCUACAGCGACCAGGAGGCUGAGCUAUACAAGCACUUCUUCUCUGGCGCUGAGCAGUUCGACACGCGUACAUGGGUGGCGGCGGUGUGCGUGGUGAUGGGCACGCUGGUGGUGCUGGCGGCCGGCACGUGCGCCGUGCUCUGCCGCGAGUGGCGCCGACACGACUACGUCGAAGAUCAAGACGUAAUGGAACUAGUGCCUAACAUAAUCCUGAACCCUGGCUUCAUGGAGAUGGACCCCAUCAGGCCGCGGGAGCCCCUUGCCUCCUCCAUCAUCAAGUCGACGGAGUGUCCUGGCCCCGGGAAACCGAGGCGUGUUUGA